CAAAAGAUCGUUAACUGUUGUCUGGUCUUGGAAAGAACGUCAGCAAAUUUUGUUGUUUGAAUCAUGGCAGCCACACAAGUAUUCGACUCAAAGACAUUUUGUAUAAUUACAGGAGGAAGUAGAGGCAUAGGACGUGCCAUAGCAGCAACAUUAUCUGCGAAAUUUGGCCCAGGGUCAACAGUAGUCCUCACGGGACGUUCCACAGCUGAUCUCAACGAGACCCAGCGUCAAGUCCAGGCCGUUGCGCCCGGCGUGAACGUCAGUGUAGUCACCGCCGAUCUCGCAAAUGCAGGUACCCUGUCCGAAUCUCUUUCCAGUCUCACUGGAACGACAAACCCGUCAGAUUUUCAACAUGUCUUGCUCAUCAAUAACGCAGCAAGUAUCAAUGACAUGUCUAGGUAUAUGAAGCAGAUGACCGCCUCUGACGUGGAUUAUGUGCAGCAGUAUUUCAUGCUUAACUUGACGUCGAUGCUGAUGUUGACCUCGCAUUUCUUGCGGACCUUCCCAAAGAGGGAGGGGCUGAGAAGAACCGUUAUCAACGUGACUUCUCUUUGUGCCAUUAAGCCUAUGAAGACAAGCGGUUUGUACAACACGGGGAAGGCUGCCAGAGAAAUGAUGGUGAGGACCUAUGCCAUCGAGGAACCCGACGUGCGCUUCCUGAACUACUCCCCAGGACCAGUCGACACAGACAUGUAUAGAGAAAUCAUCGACAAGAGCAUUGAUCAAGAGUUCAGAGAGAUGAUGAGGGAUCUGGAGACCAAAAAUGUGCUCCUCAAACCUCAUCAAACUGCGGCCAAGUUGGCUGUCAUCCUGGAGGGAGACGAUUACGAGUCUGGGGCGCAUGUUGAUUACUUCGAUGUCCCGGAUAAGGAGGAGAAUACUUCAUCCUGAAUUGUAAUCAUGUAAUUUUUUGGGUGA